GUCACUCUCCUAUAUAUGGGGCCGUACUCUCAGUGAAUGGCCGGCGCACACGAUGAGUCUUCACUGGACGAGCCACUGGUUGGCCGGACCUCUGGUCACACCGAACGAAUCAACGGCUUUAGCAUGUCGAACUCUCAGGAUAUCGUCUACGCGGCCUCUUUGGCGGAAAAGAAACGUCUGUGGUGGCGGAAUGCUCUCCUAAAUAUGGUCUUCAUCGGGUCCUGGUUCUUGUUCUCCACCAUCCUGUCUUUCUACAACAAGUGGAUGUUUUCCGCUGAGAACUUUGGCUUUCCCUAUCCACUGUUCGUCACCACCCUGCACUUCUUCGUUCAGUUUCUGCUGGCUGCUCUGCUUCGUAAAAUUUGGCCUAAGCGGUUCAUUCCUCAAGGCAGACCUUCCAAGUCAGACUACGGAGUGAAGAUAGCUCCGACAGCGAUCGCGACGGGCCUCGACGUCGGACUCUCCAAUCUCUCACUCAAAACUAUAUCAUUAUCCUUCUUCACAAUGUGCAAGUCCUCGUCGUUGAUCUUUGUGUUGCUGUUCGCCUUCCUUUUCCGAUUGGAAAAGUUCUCCCUGCGAUUGGUUGGUGUCAUUGCACUGACCUUCUCUGGUGUCGUCCUCAUGGUGGCGACGGAAACUCAUUUUGUCUUGGUCGGCCUCAUUCUUGUGCUCAUAGCCAGCGCGCUCGGUGGCUUUCGGUGGGCACUGACACAACUUCUACUCAAGAACAAGAAGAUGGGCAUGGACCAUCCGGUAGCGACGAUAUUCUGGCUUUCUCCUGUGAUGGGAUUGACCCUCGGGAUCAUCAGCAUGGUCCUGGACGACUGGUCGAGCCUCUUGGGAUCCAAAUUCUUCACCGGAUUUGAGACUGUGAAAACGAUCUUCUUCCUUGUCACGCCGGGCGUCAUUGCCUUUUGCAUGGUCUUGAGUGAAUUUACGAUUAUCCAGCGAGCAGGAAUUGUGCCCAUGUCCAUCGCUGGUAUUGCCAAAGAAGUUACCACGAUCAGUAUGAGUGCAGUCGUGUUCGGGGAUCCGCUGACCUUCCUGAAUAUGGUCGGUGUUGCUGUUACAAUUUGUGGCAUUGCUCUGUUCACGUAUCACAAAUACCGUAAAUCGCUGGAGAGCGACCUUCCUCUCGACGCACAUGGCAACCCCGUCGACCUGGACGACAGCACUGCGGAAUCACACCUGCUAAGCCACGAGCUGGAUGAAACGGCGCGGUUGACUCGGGACAGUGAUGAGUAUGACAGUGAUGAUGACGGAUUAUCAACCAAUCACACGCGGACACUGUUUUCCGCCGAUGAAGACCAGGAUGCUGAAGAGUUGCGAAGCAUCCGAUCCUCGAAGUUGGCUUGGAAUACCGGGAGGGCCGGUCGAGAGGAGCCGAGCGCCGCUCCGUAGGCAAAAUCAGCGGCGCAACCAAGCCACGAGGUCGUGCCAUGAUCUGAUCACCACAGUGUGUUGUAUUUCGCAGAGAUUUGGUUGAGACAGGACAUGCAUCUUUGGAACUGCACAUGAUCCGCUCUGUAUGUCUAUCAGUUCUGCAUAGAAGUUGCGUCGACGCGAUUCGCAAGGUGAAGAAGGCGCGGGACCAACCUUGGACACACAAGACAACUUGGCCAAAGUAGGAAAACGUGGCACAGUUCUGCGGAGUGAAUUCCGG